AUGUCCGAAGUCAGUUUGGGAAGAUAUAUAUUUGAACGACUCAGGCAGUUGCUGGUUCAGACGGUAUUUGGGCUCCCUGGGGACUUUAACUUGUCACUUUUAGAUAAGAUUUACGAGGUAGAUGGGCUUCGAUGGGCAGGUAAUGCCAAUGAAUUGAAUGCAGCAUAUGCAGCAGAUGGAUAUAGUAGGGUGAAAGGGCUUGCAUGCUUGAUUACAACUUUCGGGGUUGGAGAGUUGAGUGCUCUUAAUGGGAUCGGAGGAGCUUUUGCAGAACAUGUAGGAUUGGUGCAUAUAGUUGGGGUCCCGUCGAUCUCGUCACAAGCAAAGCAGCUUCUAUUGCAUCACACAUUGGGCAAUGGAGACUUUACAGUAUUUCAUCGGAUGUCAAACAACAUUUCACAAACAACAGCAUUUAUAUCUGAUAUCAAGUCGGCACCCAAGGAAAUUGACAGGUGCAUACGAGAAGCCUAUAUUUUCCAAAGACCAGUAUACAUUGGAUUACCAGCCAAUCUAGUGGACAUCAACGUUCCGGCAGUGUUAUUAAAUAUUCCGAUAGAUCUUUCGCUUCGUGAGAAUGAUCCUGAGGCACAGGAAGAGGUUAUAGACAAUAUCUUGCAGUUAAUCUCUGAAGCCUCUAAUCCGGUAAUAUUGGUCGAUGCAUGUACUUCGAGACACAAUUGUAACGGAGAAGUGGAAGCAUUGGUUAAUAAGACCCAGUUUCCGGUAUUGACAACCCCUAUGGGUAAAUCUAGUUUUAACGAAUCGCAUCCCAGAUUUGCUGGGGUGUACGUAGGCACUAUGUCGCAUGUGGAAGUUAAAAACCUAGUGGAUGGAGCCGACUUGAUUUUGGCCGUUGGAGCGUUGUUAUCAGACUUCAAUACAGGAUCUUUCUCCUACUCUUACAAGACCAAGAAUGUGAUUGAGUUUCAUGCGGAUUGCAUCAAAAUCAAACAAGGGACGUAUCCUGGGGUACAAAUGAAAGAAGUUCUCAAUGUUUUGAUUGAUAAAAUAGACCCAGCAGUUAAGCAUUAUAAUCCUAUUGCCAUUCCCUCUCCAACUUUUUUGACCAAUUCUGUCACCAACUCGGACGUGCUGUCGGCGUUACUUACCCAGGAGUGGUUAUGGAGUAAGGUCAGUGCUUGGUUUAGAGAAGGUGAUAUAAUCAUUACCGAAACUGGUACAUCAGCAUUUGGGAUUGUCCAAACGAAAUUUCCUAAUAAUACCAUUGGUAUUUCGCAGGUGCUAUGGGGUUCCGUUGGGUUUACAGUGGGAGCUACAUUAGGAGCAGUCAUGGCCGCAGAGGAAAUCGACCCCAAUAAAAGAGUCAUAUUAUUUGUGGGGGAUGGGUCUCUUCAAUUGACGGUGCAAGAAAUUUCAACCAUGGUUAAGUGGGAGACCAGACCAUACUUAUUCGUUCUCAAUAAUGAUGGUUACACGAUCGACAGAUUAAUACACGGGAUGAGUGCAACAUAUAACGAUAUACAGCCGUGGAAUAAUCUUGCAUUGCUACCUUUAUUCAACGCAAAAUACUACGAUGCAAUCCAGGUUUCCACUACUGAUGAACUAGAAAAGUUGUUUUGCGAUGAAGAAUUUGCAAUCAAUUCGAAAAUCAGAAUGAUAGAAGUUAUGCUACCAAGAAUGGACGCACCAAUAAAUUUAAUAAAGCAGAUGGAAUUCAUAUCAAAAAUGAAUGCAGAUACCUAG